AUCAUAAUCUGUAGGUACAUCUGUGUAAACAAUAUUGUGAUUAUGCAAUCACAUUGGGCAGGAACAACAAAGGAUAACGAUCCGAUCAACUUCAAGUUUGAAAUAGGUGACAGAGACGGGAAAAAAUGGAUAUCACAAAAUAGAUCCUUGCAUGACAAUAUACCUGUACAACUAAAUCCCAGCGUAACGGAAGCAUGGGAGCUUGAGAGAUCAAAAAAUGAAGCCUUGUGGAGUUUUUACAUUUUAUUAGAUGACGGGAAAAAGAUGUACGUCACAUAUAACUUCAACAGCGAUGACGUUACUCUAGAAGAAUUAGAUGACAUCACGCAGAACAACGGGAAAGGAAGAUUUUUUUAUAUGCUGCCUAAACCAAACUUCGGGAUGUUUCUGCGGGCUCAAAAUUCACGUGACAGAUACGUACGAAACAGCGGAGGAAAGUUAGAAAUGACAACAUCAAAAAAUCUUACUGAUGAUAUGGAAUGGUUCAUUACGGCUUCGUUCGAAGAUAUUACAGCUGUGUCUCUUUCCCGUCUCGCAGAAAUUCGAAAUGAUCCCAUUGCAAAUAAAUGGGUGUACCAAGAUGCAAAAAUAAACGCACCAAUCCAAGUACAACAAACCGGCGCUCUGCAGGAAUGGCAGCUUAACUUUAGAGACAGUGGUCGGAGUUGUGAAUUUUCAGCCGGAAAUUUGUAUGCAGAAGUAAAUAUAAGUCAACUAUUGUUUGGCUCAGUCCCAGCGGAAUUUACAUGGCAUGAUACUGGAGGUGGAGUACUCUUGAAAUGCAAAUCUAAUAAUCAAUACGUAGUCGCUCCAGAGGGAAGCGGCGACCUUCACUUUUUACCAGGAAAAAAGAAUGCUACUGUUUGGGACAUAAUGACAACAAGAAUUGUCUUGAAAUACAAAGACAAAACCAUCAUUGUGCCAUAUUAUGAUAUAGUUUGAUUGUGAUAUAGUUUAAAAAAUCUUUGUUUGUCAACAAAUGUGAACUAGUGUUUAAUUACACCGUCACAAAAUUUACACAAACUGUAAAAUAGUUCAGAUGUAAAAUAAUUUUUUUAAUUUUCGUAAAACUAAUUAGAAAGUUUAUAAUUUAUUUUUGGGGCCACCCUGUAAAUAAGAACCAAACCACUUAAA